UGCAAGAGGACCAUCCUGUCAUGUCUUUCACGGUUUCCAGAAACGGACGGUUAGCCUUGCUCAAUGUCGCUACACAGGGGGUUCAUCUCUGGGAUUUACAAGACCGGGUCUUACUCCAGAAGUACCAGGGCGUCACCCAGGGUUUCUACACCAUUCAUUCUUGUCUCGGAGGCAUGAGCGAGGAUUUCAUAGCGAGCGGGAGUGAGGACCACAAAGUCUAUAUCUGGCACAGGAAGAGCGAGUUGCCUGUGGCAGAACUGACGGGGCACACACGCACGGUUAACUGUGUGAGCUGGAACCCACAGAUACCCUCCAUGCUGGCCAGCGCCUCUGAUGAUGGCACGGUUCGGAUAUGGGGACCAGCUCCCAGCCUCGACGGGGACGAUCCGGAAGGUGAGUCCAGCUGCCCUGACUAUACCCCCUGUUAGUUUCACCCUGUGUUUGAUGGCCCGUUCUGUCCAUUUUAGCUUGUAGUUCAGUCCUGUAUUAAUCCCACCGUUCCCCAUAGCCCGUAUCAAUCCCCAAACUAAUCCCACUGUCCCGCUCUCUCCCCAUAGCCCUGUAUCAAUCCCCAA